AUGGCUAACGUUGGGUUACAUGAUAGCUAUUUGUCGCUGAACUCUACCUUUGGUACGAUACGCGGCUUCGUAAAUCAGGAUUACCCACAUGUUGCCCAAUUCUUAGGCAUUCCGUUCGCCGAAGCACCGGUUGGGCCGAGGCGAUGGUUACCACCGGUACCGAAAGCUCCGGCUGACCACUUCGAUGCGACUGAGUUCGGUCUAUCGUGUCCGCAGUGGUUCGGUGGCCCGCCGUCGGUAUAUGAUUCGGAUGUUCCGGAGUUCUCUAUUAACGAUACUACGUCUGAAGAUUGCUUAUCUUUGUCUAUAUGGGCACCGGCGGAAGCCGUAAAAGACCCCCCGAAAAGCAAGUUGCCGGUUGUUGUUUGGAUCCCUGGUGGUGCAUUCCUUGUGGGCGGCUCAACUGUGCCUUAUCAAAACCCUAUACCCUGGGUUGAAAAGAGUCAAAGACACAUUGUCGUGAGCGUAAACUACCGGCUUACAAUCUUCGGCUUCCCUAAUGCAGCAGGACUAGCUCCCUAUGAACGAAAUCUCGGCUUCUUGGAUCAGCGUCUAGGAUUGGAAUGGGUUCAUGAGCAUAUCUCCUCAUUUGGCGGCGAUCCUUCACGGAUAACACAUUUCGGACAGUCCGCUGGUGCUCGAAGUGUGGAUGCUCACUCUUUCCAGUAUCCGGAUAAACCGCUUGUGCGAAACCAAAUAAUUAAUUCAGGGACAGCACUAAAUCCUCUACCCGUCAGAGAUACAGAUCAUGGUUAUUUCACCUUUGUGGCUGAGAGCCUCGGGUUUGAGGGAGAUGAUCCUAGUGCGGAGUUGGAAUUUAUGAGACAACAAUCCGCUGAAAAACUGAUAGAAUUCAUCAAAAGUCAUACUGCUUCGGGGGAAGAUCCCCAAUUGAGCUUCAGGCCGGUUAUUGAUGGGUUUACCUUGUUUGAUGACUUCGAAGAACGAGCUAAAGCAGGGAAUUUUAGUAAAUUGCCUGCUAUUGUCGGAACUACGAAUGAAGAAGGAAACGCCUUAGCACCGUAUAAUCCAGAUGGAGUGAAUAAGACAGCCGCGGAUGGCAUCACCAAUAACUUCUUCCGCAAACCUGCAGCGAAGAUAGCCCAGUACCGCUCGGAAUAUGCACCAACUUUUCGCUACCUUUACAAGGACCCCGCCCCGGAGGGAACUGCUUCGUUCCCUAAUAUUUCACCUCGAACUUGGAUGCGAGCGUAUCAUAGCUCUGAUCUGCCGUUAAUAUUUGGCACACAUUCUUGGUUCAGAGGCCGCUCAACGGCCAGAGAGAAGGAAGUUUCAGAAGCAUGGCAGGAAUUAUACGUCGUCUUUGCCGAAGAAGGGCCUGAAGGCCUUCGCAGAUUGGGAUGGGGAGAGGUAGGUGAUGGCAAAGCUAUUGUCAUUGGGACGGGCGAGAAGGGGUGGGAGAACGUCGACAUCAAGGCGAUCGAUGGGGAUGAAUGAAAUAAUGAAUUGAGUAUACAGGAUUAACAAUCUCAGUUCAGAUU